UGAAUAGAUAUGUCCCAGAAUGCUUUGCACUCGGCCCAAGAAGAAGAGGCGUCAUGAUGCAGCCCGCUGGCGGUUAAAAUGCUUAUUCUGGUGAAAUUAGGACAUAAAUCAUCUUAAUCCGAAUAAAUAAAAUCUGUUCCCAUUAAUCUGCCGAUAGCCGCUCAUGGUUCUCCAGAGGAAGGUUUCCAGGAGAACCUAGCUUGUAGCUAACAGCUAGCUAACAGCUAGCUAGCUGCGCUCUGCAGAUUGUUGGUGGUUUCUCGUCCGUCCGCUGCAGGCUGGUCUGGUCACCAUGGCGACGGACGUGGGCUCGCCGCAGCGCUUCUUCCACAUGCCGCGGUUCCAGCACCAGGCGCCGCGGCAGGUGUUCUACAAGCGGCCGGACUUCGCGCAGCAGCAGGCCAUGCAGCAGCUGACCUUCGACGGGAAGCGCAUGAGGAAGGCUGUGAACAGGAAGACCAUCGACUACAACCCGUCUGUCAUCAGAUACCUGGAGAACCGCCUGUGGCAGCGGGACCAGCGGGACCUGAGGGCCAUCCAACCGGACGCCGGCUGCUAUAAUGACCUGGUUCCCCCGCUGGGCAUGCUGAACAACCCCAUGAACGCCGUCACCACCAAGUUCGUCAGAACCUCCACCAACAAGGUCAAGUGUCCCGUCUUCGUCAUCAGGUGGACCCCUGAGGGCCGGCGCCUGGUGACCGGAGCGUCCAGCGGAGAGUUCACCCUGUGGAACGGACUCACCUUCAACUUUGAGACCAUCCUGCAGGCCCACGACAGCCCGGUGCGCGCCAUGACCUGGUCCCACAACGACAUGUGGAUGCUGACGGCGGACCACAGCGGCUACGUCAAGUACUGGCAGUCCAACAUGAACAACGUGAAGAUGUUCCAGGCUCACAAGGAGGCCAUUAGAGAAGCCAGCUUCUCUCCCACCGACAACAAGUUUGCCACCUGCUCCGAUGACGGAACCGUCCGGAUCUGGGACUUCCUGCGCUGCCACGAGGAGCGGAUCCUCAGAGGUCACGGCGCCGACGUGAAGUGUGUGGACUGGCACCCGACCAAAGGCCUGGUGGUGUCGGGCAGCAAGGACAGCCAGCAGCCCAUCAAGUUCUGGGACCCGAAGACGGGCCAGAGUCUGGCCACGCUCCACGCCCACAAGAACACAGUGAUGGAGGUGAAGUGGAACCUGAACGGGAACUGGCUGCUGACGGCGUCCAGAGAUCACCUGUGUAAGCUGUUCGACAUCCGCAACCUGAAGGAGGAGCUGCAGGUGUUCAGGGGCCACAAGAAGGAGGCUACAGCCGUCGCCUGGCAUCCUGUCCAUGAAGGCCUGUUCGCCAGCGGAGGCUCAGACGGCUCGCUGCUCUUCUGGCAUGUGGGCGUGGAGAAGGAGGUGGGCGGCAUGGAGGUGGCUCAUGAAGGGAUGAUCUGGAGUCUGGCCUGGCACCCGCUGGGUCACAUCCUCUGCUCUGGUUCUAACGACCACACCAGUAAGUUUUGGACCAGGAAUCGACCCGGGGACAAAAUGAGGGACCGCUACAACCUGAACCUGCUGCCCGGCAUGUCAGAGGACGGCGUGGAGUACGACGACGUGGAGCCCAACAGCCUGGCCACCAUCCCUGGGAUGGGAAUCCCCGAGCAGCUGAAGGCGGCCAUGGAGGAGGAGCAGAGCAGCAAGGAGGCGGCCCUGGACGUGGAGAUGUCCAUCCCUGGACUGGACUGGGGCGUGGACGAGGUGAUGGGCAAGGACUCCAAGAAGGUUCCCCAGAAGAAGGUCCCCUACGCCAAACCCAUCCCGGCUCAGUUCCAGCAGGCCUGGGCGGAGAACAAGGUUCCCAUGAUGCCUCCGUCCUCAGAGAUGUCCAAAGAGCGAGCCCUGGAGCAGAAGGUGGACGGGAAGAAGAAGACGCAGGCGGAGCUGGAGCAGGAGAUGGCGGCGCUGCAGUACACCAACCCUCAGCUGCUGGAGCAGAUGAAGAUGAACCAGAUGAACCCGGAUGGGAAUAUGGGGCCCUCACAGGGACCGGGUCCAAUGCCCUCCUUUCCGGGACCUGGAGGUCCUGGGAGUUCGGGCCCCCCUGGUCAGCAGGGCUACGCUCCAAACAUGCCUCCUCAGCAGAUGGCCCCCCAAAUGGGCCCCGGAGGGAUGCAGCAGUCUUUUAUGCAGCCUGGACAUAUGGGUCCCCCCUCUGGACCCCCGUCACAUCAGGGGCCUCCUCAAGGGAUGAUGGGACCCUCAGACAUGCAGGAACCACAGAGACAUCCUGGCCCACCCAGACACAUGGGCCCCCAAGGACCACAUGGAAUGGGGCCCAGAGGGAUGCAGGGGCCCCCUGCAGGGAUGAUGGGUCACCCUCCUCGAGGAAUGGGUUUGAGGGACCCUCAAGGGCCUCCACCUCAGGGCGGCAUGAUGCAACAACAAGGAAACAUGAUGGGCCCUCAGGGCCAAAUGCAGGGUGGGAUGGCGGGGCCCCCCAGGACACACGGCAACAUGCCUAACAACUAUGGGAUGGGAAACAUGCAGGGGCCCCAAGGAAACAUGCAGGGGCCCCAAGGAAACAUGCAAGGGGCCCCUGGGAAUAUGCAGGGGGGCCCUGGGAACAUGCAGGGCCCACAUGGAAACAUGCAGGGGGGCCCUGGGAACAUGCAGGGGGGCCCUGGGAACAUGCAGGGGGGCCCUGGGAACAUGCAGGGGGGCCCUGGGAACAUGCAGGGCCCACAUGGAAACAUGCAGGGGGGCCCUGGGAACAUGCAGGGCCCACAUGGAAACAUGCAGGGGCCCCGUGGAAACAUGCAGGGCCCCCCCUACAUGCAGCCCCAGGGUCAGAACUCGGGGCCCAUGAUUCAUGGAAUGGGGCCACAGGGGCCCAACAACCAAGGGGACCACCGGGGGCCACCACCUAACAACCACAUGGGCCCCUCUGAUCGGCAGGGCCACGGAGGCUCAGGGGGACCUGCCCAGGGCUCGGGUUCCUACUGGGGCGACAACCAGCAGGGCCGGAGGGGCCCCCAGGACUUUGAUGGAGGACAGGACUUCCACGGCCGAGGAGACGACAGCUGGAGGCCAGCGGGGCCGGGGCCCGGGCCAGGGUACCAAGGAGGUAGCCACAGAGGAGGGGGGCACCGGGGCGGCGGGGGUAACUGGGGCCCCGAUGAGCGCUUUGGUGGGGGGGACUUCAGAGGACGGCGGGACGACAGGUUCCGAGGAGGCGGGCCUGGCCGAGCAGGGGGGCGGGGCUAUGCUGAGGAGUACGGUGGCCAGGAGGAGGGCUUCGACGGCGGCGAGGAGAUGAGCCGAGGCUGGGACUCUGGUGGCCGAGGGCGGCCACAGAGAGGCGGGGGCCACCCCCGAGGAGGUCACGACGGGUAUCGGGACGACGGCUCGUCUCCUGGUGGCCGGGAUCGUCCCUCUUCCAUGCAGGGGAUGGACAUGGCGUCUCUGCCUCCAAGGAAGCGUCCCUGGCAGGACGGUCCAGGAACAGGAGACCAUGACCCCCCUGAUGGAGGUCGUCCUCAGCGGGACGACGGCGGCGGCUACGGUCCCCCUGGACGAGGCGGGCGGGGCGGCUGGGGCCCCGGUGGAGGGCCGGGUCUACGGCGAGGAGGACCGCCUCCCAGAGGAGGGCCGAGGGGCGGGGGGCGUGGCCGGUAGUGGCGGGCCUCUCUCAGCGCCUUCACACCACAUGAAUCUCUGGGCUGUGGUCCUGGUGCCUGGGUGGCCCGGUUCGACCCGGUCCGGUCCGGCCCGGUUUGGUCCGGUCCGGCCCGGCAGCUGUAUCAUACUGUAGAGACUGUUUUGCUGCGUUUUCUAAAAGAUUUCUAUGUGUUUGUGUUUUCACCAAGUUGGACAAUAAAGAUUGACAGUUGAAGUGCGGGCGCCGCAGCGCCCCCUGUGGACCAUCAAUGCUGACUGAUCUGAUCCACUGACUGCCAUCUACCACCAGCAUCCCUGUAUUCAAUCAGUCCAAUAAAACGCACUCCAACCA